CAUCGAUUUUGAACGACUUCUAAGUUAUUAGUUUGAUAAAUCGUGUUACCUAAGAUUCUGGACAAAGUACUAAUGUUAAUACUUAAAUUACAUACGUAUUGUACUCUCUUAUCUACGCGAUAAUUUUUUUUACUUCAAGAGUUUGAAUAUAACAUUUAUUCUUUAAACUGAUUUUAAAAAGGAAUUCACCUUGUACAGCAUCAUUUUAUUACUAUAUGCAAUGAUUAAAAGCUUUGUUAGUACUUUUAUUGAGUGAGAAAUGGAACAACAAUCGAGCAUUCAGCAGCCUGGCUUGCCAAUUAGAGCCACUUUAGAUUUGGAAGAUGUUAAGAAAAUCGCAUUUGAAUUGUACAACAUAAAUGUAACAUCAGCUAAGGAAUUAAAUGGUUACGACGAUAGAAACUACCAUUUGGUGGAUGAUCGUGGUGAAGAAAUUGUUUUAAAAAUUAUAAAUUUGGUUGAUUCUCAAAAACCUGAGAUUUAUGAAGCUCAAUCACUUCUUUUAGAACAUUUAGGUAAAAAUGGUAUUACUUGUUCAUCACCUAUUAAAACCAAUGACAACCAAUACUUUGUGUUACACACCUUUAAAAGUGGCAGUCACAUAGUAAGAGCACUAAAAUUUAUAAAAGGAGUAAUAUUAGCAAAAGUACCAUGGACAUUAGAAUUAUUUUACCAAAUCGGACAAAGUGCUGCAAGACUGGAUACGACUAUGAAGACUUUUACUCAUCCCGCUUACAAAAGUUAUAAAUCACUUUGGAUACUUGAGUCAGUACCAGAAAUACUAAAAUUCUUAUCCGCAGUUUCCGAUACAGAACGAAGAGAACUAGUUACAAUAAUUGUUAAGGAGUUUGGGGAUAAAGUACUAUUAUCUUCCAAGUCUUUACGUAGAGGACUGAUCCAUGGCGAUUUUAAUGAACAGAAUAUUAUAGUCGAUAAGAAUGAUAAAGGUUCAUACGAAAUUAAAGCAAUCAUCGAUUAUGGGGAUUGUCAUUUCGGAUGUUAUUUAUACGAAAUAUCAAUAACCAUGGUGUAUAUGAUGUUGUUGGCGAAGAGUAUUGAAGCUGGAGGAGCCGUUCUCGCAGGUUAUACUUCGAUUAUGCCUCUAAGUAAUGAAGAAUACCGUCUUUUAAAAGUUAAAAUACACCGCAGAAAGAAAAGAGAACAUAUAGAAAAAGAACUCCAAGAAAUUGAAGAAUUAAAUAAACCGAGAGGAACCAGAAAAUUCUACCAAAAACUUAACAAAAGCAGAAAAGAAUUUAAACCAAGAACAAUGAUGUGCAGAGACAAAGAAGGAGAUAUAGUAACUCAACAGAGUGAAAUACUGCAAAGAUGGACUGAAUUCUUCAAAGAGAAGUUUGAACAAAACGGAGAUCCACUAUACGAUGAAAUUAUACUGGAUCAAACGGAUACCAGAGAAACAAUCCCCCCUUCAGAAGCUGCAAUGCAAGAAGCAGUUACCAGACUGAAAAACAACCAGUCACCUGGAUUGGACGACAUUAGCGCAGAAUUAAUAAAAGAAGGCGGAGACUCCCUAUUGAAUGCGAUACACGAACUUAUAGUGAACAUAUGAAAUAAUAAACAACUG